UUCAAAUGUAAAACUAAUAAAUCCGUGUCGCUGGACGUUACGACACCGACCAUGUUUCAUACUACGGAUUCUGGAACUCCGUCACUAAACAGCAACGUCACAGUGAAAGUGUUUAUUCUGGAUCAGAACGACAACGUUCCAGUGAUCUUACACCCAACCAGCGCUAACGGUUCUUCAGAGGGUAUUGAAGAGAUUCCUCGAAAUGUGAACGCAGGACAUUUGGUGACUAAAGUGAGAGCAUAUGAUGCAGAUAUUGGAUACAAUGGUUGGUUAUUAUUUUCACUGCAGAAAGUUAGUGAACACAGUCUUUUUGGUUUGGACCGCUACACAGGACAGAUACGAACGCUUCGCUUUUUCACAGAAACAGACGAGGCUGAACAUAAACUGGUUAUACUGGUUAAAGACAAUGGCAAUAUUUCACUUUCAGCAACAGCCACGGUGAUUAUUAAAACUGUGGAAGCCAAUGAUGCUUUUGCAGCUGCUGAUUUUAAAAGCUCAGUGAAAAACGAAGAAAGUGACAUUACAUUCUAUUUAAUCAUUACAUUGGCUUCGGUAUCAGUGCUCUUUGUCAUCAGCAUCGUCAUGCUGACAGUGAUGCAGUGCUCGAAAUCUACAGACUGUUCCUCCAAGUAUUUACAAGAUACAACUUAUGAUGGUACUCUGUGUCACAGCAUCCAGUACAGAUCCGGAGACAAAAGGUACAUGUUAGUUGGAUCACGAAUGAGUAUUGGUUCUAUAGCCCCUGGCAGCAAUGGGAAUACUCUAGUGGUGUCGGAUAACAGAAGAAUUGCUUCAAAUAAGGUAGGAAAGUACCUUCAAAGUUUCAAUUGA